AUGCCUCUGACAAUCCUGCUCACAGGCGGCACAGGCUGCGUCGGCUACGCAGUCACCAAAGCCCUGUUCGCCCACUACGCCGCCUCCAAACCCACCCUCCACAUCCUCGACAUCGCGACCCCCUCUCCCUCCGCCUCCACCUUCGUCGUCGACGUCGCGCAAUACCACACCGCAGACAUCACCGACGCCGCCGCCGUCUCGGCGCUCAUCGCCUCGCUCGCGCCGGACGUCAUCGUGCACUCCGCCGCCGUGAUCCCGUCCGCGGCGGGCAAGGCGCGGAUGUCGAAGCAGCGGCUUAGGGAGGUUAAUGUCGGGGGGACGAGGAACGUGCUCGAGGCGGCGGAGAAGUGCGGGAAUGUUAAGGCGGUGGUGUAUACGAGCUCGUGUGAUGCGGUGAAGCCGGAUAGUUGGAUGGACUUUGUCAAUGCGACGGAGAAGGAUACGGCGGACCUUGUCGAUGCCGCAAAGUGGGAUGGCGACUACGCCCGCACCAAGGCCGACGCAGAAAAACUCGUCCUCUCUUCCUCCUGGCACUUCAACACCUGCGCGAUCCGCACCCACGCCGUCAUCGGCACGCACGACCAAAACCUCUUCCCGCUAAUCGCAACCUCCCCGCGCAACAUCUCGAUCGGCUCAGGCAAGAACCUCUACGACUUUACCUCUGCAGACAACGUCGGCCUCGCGCACGUCCUUGCUGUCGACAAUUUACUCUCUGCCUCUGCGACCGCGAACAGGCUCGCGUUCUUUGUCACCGACGGCGAUCCGCGCCCGUUCCGCGAAUUACAGGAAAUGAUCUGGCGCACCGUCGACUCUUCCUCCUCCUCCUCCUCCUCCUCACCACCAUCAACCAGCACAAGCUACACUAAACUCCCCUCCUGGCUCGUCGCCGGCAUCCUCCGCUUCAUCGCCCUCUUCACCACCCCCGCCGUCUCCGCCGCCGAGAUCGGCGACGCCUGCGCGACACGCUACUACGACAUCUCGCUCGCAAAGGAGGUUCUUGGAUAUGUGCCCGGAAAGACGCUGCUUGAAUCCAUGGCCGACGACUGUCUGUCCUGGCGGGCGCGGAUGGCGGAGAACAAGUAG